ACCUACGCAUGCGCGCCGCACUCUCGACGAGGCGGCCGUGGCGCUGUUGGCGUCUGCUCCGGUGUCUGUGGGGACAGAGACGGUGGAAGUGCCCUCUUCGGCUCGGUUGGCCCAGACUGCGGCUCAUGGCAUUGAGUGGCAUCCAUCGUCAGAUCAUUAACUGAAGAAAAAAUAAACAGCCAUGCAAAAUUCUCACAUGGAUGAGUACAGAAAUUCCAAUAAUGGCAGCACAGGCAACAGUUCAGAGGUAGUGGUAGAUCAGUCUACUGAUUUCAGUACUGAGAUUAUGAAUGUUACAGAAAUGGAACAGUCACCUGAUGGAUCUCCUAAUGUGAAUACAACUACGGAAGAAAAUGAAAUAGCAAAUACUGUGGACCUUCCAGUGACAGAAACAGAAGCAAAUUUCCCUCCAGAAUAUGAAAAGUUUUGGAAAACUGUAGAAAGUAAUCCUCAGGAUUUUACAGGCUGGGUAUAUUUGCUUCAGUAUGUAGAACAGGAGAAUCACUUGAUGGCUGCCAGGAAAGCGUUUGACAAAUUUUUCAUACACUAUCCAUAUUGCUAUGGUUAUUGGAAAAAGUAUGCAGACCUCGAAAAGCGGCAUGACAACAUUAAACAAUCAGAUGAGGUGUAUCGCCGGGGGCUUCAGGCAAUACCUCUUAGUGUUGACCUUUGGAUACAUUAUAUAAACUUCUUAAAAGAAACAUUGGACCCUGGUGAUCCUGAGACAAACAGUACAAUAAGAGGAACUUUUGAGCAUGCUGUUCUAGCUGCAGGAACAGAUUUCCGAUCUGACAGACUCUGGGAAAUGUAUAUAAACUGGGAAAAUGAACAGGGAAACCUGAGAGAAGUUACAGCUAUAUACGAUCGUAUUCUUGGUAUUCCAACACAGCUGUACAGUCAUCAUUUUCAGAGAUUUAAAGAACAUAUACAGAAUAACUUACCUAGAGAUCUUCUAACUGGUGAACAGUUUAUUCAGCUGCGAAGGGAAUUAGCUUCUGUAAAUGGGCAUAGUGGUGAUGAUGGUCCUCCUGGUGAUGAUCUACCAUCAGGAAUUGAAGACAUAACUGAUCCAGCAAAGCUAAUUACUGAAAUAGAAAACAUGAGACAUAGAAUCAUUGAAAUUCAUCAAGAAAUGUUUAAUUAUAAUGAGCAUGAAGUUAGUAAAAGGUGGACAUUUGAAGAAGGGAUUAAAAGACCUUAUUUUCAUGUGAAACCAUUGGAAAAGGCACAACUGAAAAACUGGAAAGAAUACUUAGAAUUUGAAAUUGAAAAUGGGACUCAUGAACGAGUUGUGGUUCUCUUUGAAAGAUGUGUCAUAUCAUGUGCCCUUUAUGAGGAGUUUUGGAUUAAGUAUGCCAAGUAUAUGGAAAAUCAUAGCAUUGAAGGAGUGAGGCAUGUCUUCAGCAGAGCUUGCACAAUUCAUCUCCCAAAGAAACCCAUGGUGCAUAUGCUUUGGGCAGCUUUUGAGGAACAGCAGGGUAAUAUUAAUGAAGCCAGGAAUAUCUUGAGAACAUUUGAAGAAUGUGUUCUAGGAUUGGCAAUGGUUCGUUUGAGAAGAGUAAGUUUAGAACGACGGCUUGGAAAUAUGGAAGAAGCUGAACGUUUGCUUCAGGAAGCCAUUAAAAAUGCCAAAUCAAAUAAUGAAUCAUCAUUUUAUGCUAUCAAACUAGCCCGACAUCUUUUCAAAAUACAAAAAAACCUUCCAAAAUCAAGAAAGGUGCUUAUGGAAGCUAUUGAAAGAGACAAAGAGAACACAAAGUUAUACCUCAAUUUACUUGAAAUGGAAUAUAGUGGUGACCUCAAACAAAAUGAAGAAAAUAUCCUAAAUUGUUUUGACAGAGCUAUACAUGGUUCAUUACCUAUGAAAAUGAGAAUUACAUUUUCUCAGAGAAAAGUGGAAUUUCUUGAAGAUUUUGGUUCAGAUGUUAAUAAGCUUCUGAAUGCUUAUGAUGAACAUCAAACACUCCUAAAAGAACAGGAUUCUUUAAAAAGGAAAGCAGAAAAUGGAUCAGAAGAACCAGAGGAAAAGAAAGCACACACAGAAGAUACAACUUCAUCAUCUACACAGAUGAUUGAUGGUGAUUUACAGGCAAAUCAAGCUGCAUAUAAUUAUAGUGCCUGGUAUCAAUACAAUUAUCAGAAUCCUUGGAAUUAUGGACAGUAUUAUCCUCCCCCUCCAACCUGAUGGGAAAAUUAAAUAUCAGAUGGAGUGUGUGAAAAGUUUGAAAUUAUUUUUUUUUAAUGAGGGAUGUAAACAUAGCAUAAGCUUGUUGUAUUUGAUAACUUGUCUUCCCUGUUUCUGUGUAACAUGAUUUGUUCAGUAAUAGGGGAAAAUGUCACUUAGUAGCUUACCACAGAUACUAUUUCCUACCAUUUAUAAAAUUUACUUUUUAUUGGAGAACUAUUUUUUUGAUUUUUGCAUUAAGUGGUCUAGAAUUCUUUUGCAAUGCAUUUGCAACAGAGUUUUGUAGCCUUAAGGGUAGGGAAAAAAAACUGACUGCAAAUCAUGUCAGUAUAGUACAAGAUUCUGAAAAUACAUAAGGGCUGGUUAUUAAGGAUUUACCUCCUCCUUAAAAAAAAAAAUGGCUUUUUAACCUUUGCUGACAAGAUAUUGUCUGUGUGGUUCAAUUAUCCUUGUGAAUUUGGAUCGAACAGCAGAAGAUACCUAUUAAAAUAUUGUCUUGGAAUAGAGAUUAUAAAUGAGGAAAUGGAAUGUUUGCAUCCCUUUAAAAAAUGAAAAUCAUAUCAAAACUGUUGUUUCAGGAGACUUUGUAUUUGGAAUAUUCAUGUUAAAACUUGUGAGCAAGCUUUCAUUUUGAUCAAACUGAUCAUCUUCAUUUUUGUAAUAAAACUGAAGACUCAUC